UAGUGUGCUUCCGCCUACGGAGAGAAAGUAGCCCCGGUGUGUGUUGUUUGAAUUUCUGCUCCCUGCUGUGGUGCUGAGUGAAGGGGAGUGCGGCGGGAGCUCCCGGCCUGGCUGGGGACUCUUGUCUGGUGGUUCUUCUGAGGGGCUUCCCUGAGGGGGCCGCGCUGAGGUGGGAGGUGGAGAGAUCCCAUCGGCCGGGGCAGCGGUAAUGCGGCUGUGUGUGUGAAGGAGGCGGCAGCGGCUGCGCGGGCUGAGGGGAGCGAGCUCCGCCGGGCGACCCCUCGGUCUUGUGGGAGAGCCGCCCUCCGGCAGGACAUCUUCCCUCGAUAAGCCCAGGCUUUCUGUGUCUGACGGCCAGGGACUGUGUAGAGGACUGAGAAGAUGUUCUGAUUUCCCCGGUGCUCCUAGACUUCUGAAUGAAAGCAACGACUAGAUAUGGAGAACUUGGUGGCUGGCUCCACGCUGCCUCCAGGCUUUGCAGAUGAAGAUGGAUCUAAGGAAGGUAGUGAAAUUACUGUAACUGGAUUAGCUCAUUCUGAGAGUUCGUUCAGUGGUGGAACUUCACAUUCUGUGAAUAACCCGGAUUUGGUGGAAGAUUUGUCACAGGUUCAGCAGCUGCAGAAUGAGUCCUCUAAUGCUGCUGAAAACACUGAGCAGAAGCCUGAGGAGGAGCAGCAAAGAACUAAACGAGGAGGCUGGGCCAAAGGGAGAAAAAGGAAGAAACCCCUUAGGGACACCAAUGCCCCCAAAUCCCCCCUCACAGGGUAUGUGCGAUUCAUGAAUGAGCGUAGGGAGCAGCUUCGAGCGAAGAGGCCUGAAGUCCCUUUCCCAGAGAUCACCAGGAUGCUGGGCAAUGAAUGGAGUAAACUGCCUCCUGAGGAGAAACGGCGAUACCUUGAUGAAGCAGAUAGAGAUAAGGAGCGUUAUAUGCGGGAGCUGGAGCAGUAUCAGAAGACUGAAGCCUACAAAGUCUUUAGCAGGAAAGCACAGGACAGACAAAAAGGCAAAUCACACAGACAAGAUGGAGCAAGACAGCCAGCCCACGAUCAUGAGAAGGAAGCAGAUACAAAGGAGAGAUCUGUUUUUGAUAUUCCAAUCUUCACGGAAGAGUUCCUGAAUCACAGUAAAGCACGUGAAGCUGAGCUGCGGCAGCUGCGUAAAUCCAACAUGGAGUUUGAAGAGAGGAAUGCUGCUCUGCAGAAGCAUGUUGAGAGUAUGCGUACUGCGGUGGAGAAAUUGGAGGUGGAUGUGAUACAAGAGCGUAGCCGCAACACAGUGCUGCAGCAGCAUCUAGAGACUUUACGCCAAGCACUCACAACCAGCUUUGCUGGAGUCCCGCUACCAGGUAGCGGGGAAACACCCACGAUGGAAACUAUUGAUUCCUACAUGAAUAGGCUGCACAGUAUUAUUAUGGCUAACCCACAGGAGAACGAGAACCUCAUAGCCACAGUCCGAGACGUGGUAAACAGACUUGAACGCUAGUGACUGGGUUUCCUGACCCAGGGAUGCUUUACAAAAUUGUUUUGGCCAGUGUGGAAUAAGAAGCCAUGAGGGAAAGACUAGGGGUGGGAGGCAGAAUUGCAGGUUUGUCCUGGUCCCUGCCUUUGUGGUUUGUCAGUGAGACAAACAGAUCAAUGCAUUAAAAGGUCUUAAGAAGCCACGGACGCCACCCAUUAAACAUUUGGAACUGCCCUCCGCGUAAACAUUUAAGAGCAUGCAACUGUUGUGCAAUCUUCAGUUUCUUUUUAAUUUUGCUGGGCAUGAGGGUGCGUACAUUCUGUGGACUGGCUGGCUACGGAGAUGAAAUCUCGCGGUUCGUGAAAUGGUCAGCCUAUGUGUUGUAGUAAUAACUUUGAUGUGUUGUAUUGCCUACUGUCUUCUAGUGUCUUUUGUUUUUAUGUUUAUCUCGUGGGAUUACCUUUCUCCACUUUAGUUUUCUUCUUUUGAUCUUGUUAUUGGAUACUUGCAGUACUGGAUAGCAGCGCUUAUGUUCUCUACUAUAACAGGCAGUCUUCCUUGGUGCACUGUCUUGUCCUACCCUACCUGCUAUGUUUAUAUAAAGCUUUUCUUAAGCAGAAUCCUGGCUUUUUGUGUUAGCCUGCAACUUCUACAAUGUGAGUUUGCUCCCUGCUAGAGACUGGCUGUGGUUGGUGCUUUGUGACUUGAUUCUACUGAGACAGGCUUCCUCUCUCCCCUUUCUCUUCAAGCACCUCUCUUGCACGUAGCAUCCUGCUCUUCUGUGAGGGUCUGCUGUUAUCCCCCGAAAAUGUUUGGAGCAUUUUACUUCCACAAAGGUCAGUAGUAAUCAAGAUAGAAAGUGAAACAUUAGUUCUUCUCAGUUAGCAGUGAAAAUGGGAAUCUCCAUUUUAGACUAAAAAUACAAAGCUUGCCUUUCCUCCGAUGUAUUACUCAGUCUAAUGUUACUACCUUGAUUUUGAGAAUGAUCUCAUGGUGAGAGUGGUAUUCUAUAAAAAGAGAAAUGAGCAGAGGGAUUGCAAUUUUUUUUUCUGCCCUCCUGAAAUCAGUGCUGGGAAGCAAUAUGCCUGGAAGCAGCACACGUAUUUUUGCAAGAAUUAUUAGAGCAGAGAAGGUGAUUAGCAACUAAUCCACAUAGCAGCCCACAGAAUUCUACAUUACAGCCCAUAAGUGCUUUCACCUUUUGUAGCAUUAAAGUACAGCCUGUGGAGCCUAUAGCAUUUGACAUACUAUGUUCCAGUGUGACCUACAUGGCCUUUUUCCCUUACAUCAAGUAGAACUCUGCAUGCUAGAGUCUGUAAUCUUGCUGAGCUACGCUGCACCUCCUGUCAAUGAUGAAGGCACCUACUGUCUGCACUAACUUACACAAAUCAUUUGCUGCCCUUUGGUUCCUGUCAAAUUGUUAAUUCAGACUUUGGUUGAGCACUUGUUGGGUGUCUCUGGGCUUUUAUGGUAGUGGUUGAAAUGUUCUUUCUUCCAAGUGAUAAUCUCCUUGCUCCUCCUUAAGAAAUCUUUGAUUACCCUGUUAUGAAUUGGAGAUUGCUUUCAUUACUGGAGUGCAUUGCAGUCAGCAACACUUUUAAUGUAUCCGUAACUCAAGUAUUGGAAGAUUAAAAAGCAGUUUCUUCUUUUCUCACGCUGUACAUAUGGACUUCAUGCUUGCCUGAAGCCAUCUCCAGGUCAACACCUUGUAUGUCAGGUCUCUGCUUACUCAUGGGCUUAUUGCUGUAGCCGAGCAGCAAGGAUUUCCAUGUAAAUUCAAGUCUUCCUUCAGGAAAGAGACUCCUUUCUGUUGUCUUCAGUCUCAUUUUCAAGACUUCACAAAAAGGAACCUCAAUUUGCUGCAUUGACCUUCAUUUUCCUUAGCAUGGAUGAGACCAGCUGAUGUUGGCAUGAAUGUUUUAGUGGAUUCUACAACAAAUAUUGUGUGGGGGGAAAAAAAUCCCAACAGGUUAAUAAUGUCUCCAGAAGAAGCACCGAUACCUUCAUCUCCUGUGUGUAUCUUGUUUUUUAGAAUUGGUGAUAUUUGACUUUUAUUGAAGUGGCCAAAAUGUACUGCAUAGCCAAAAAUCGAUUUACAAAAUUCUAAAGUUCAGUCUGUGGCAUCUUACCUAAUACUUGGUGUUGUAUCCGGUGAAGACUCAGAAAUUGCUCUGUAAUAUGAUAGUAGGAUGCAAUUCCAGGCUGUGACAUACACAUACUGUAAAUAAGGUAUGGGUGGCGGCAGGCUGCCCCUGCUUAUGUAAAUUCCAUGCAACUAUCAGCUCUUGGCAUACUGCUAAUACAUCAUUCUGUAGAGUAGCAUGCAAGUGUUAUGGGAUAGGAAAUUUAAGGUGAUACUGUUAGCUGGGGGCUGACAAAUCUUUUGCUUUUUCCCCACAAGGAAGGAGGGGAGGUGGCAUACCCAUCUUAAAGCAUCUGGGGACAGAAUAAGUUCUUGCUCACCAAUGAUGUGAUAGAUGAUGUUUUGUCUCAUUAAGAAGCUUUUUAUUUAAAUUGAUUAACCCUAUAAAAAUGGAUUUUGAGUUUCCAGGGUUUUCUGAGUGUCACUUCAGUUUACAUUUUUCAGUGUUGGCUGAUUAAAAAAUGAAAGUAAAAAAUCAAGUGGGUGUCAAGGAGAAGAGCGGGAUAAAAUGCAUUUGUCACUUAGAGAAAUGUUAAGACAAAUAUGUGAAAACAGAAUCCAUUUGCUGGAUUAAUGUGUCUGGAAUUGUUGAGAUGCCAAGUUUUCUGUACAAUGUUUUUGUAAUUAAACUUUGGAGUUCCUUUGUUUCUAAGAAGUUGAUGACACUUGUUUGACACUUGCUUCAUUAAAAUUGUUCAACAUUGAAUCCAUUCUGAUUCAAUUUCAACUGCAUUUUCAUGAAAGAACUAUUACUAGCAUUGCUGUCUUGUCUGAGAGAUUUUGGCAACUUCACGUUAACCUUUGAAAGGAAAUAACGUGCCCCUUCCCCCUCUCCAUCCUAAGCUUAUCUUCCUCUGAAAAACGUUAAAGGAAGUAGUUAUUAUUUAUAGUGAUGAAAACAUCAGAGAUCUUUGGUUAUAGCUAAUUGUUAUCAGGGCUCUUCCUGUCAUCUUUGUUCCCCAACUUGGGUAACACUUAAAAUGUCAUGAGUUUCUCAGCCCUUUAUUGACAUCCUUGUCUUCCUUUGUCCUCCCUAAGUUCCCACUGCCAUAUUUAUUUUCUUUUCCUAUAAGAACCUUCUGUAUCAUACCUAUUGCCCUCCACUUGGUUUUCUUUUCCCCUACUAGAUUUUUAUCAUGUAUCUUCCCUUCUGCUUGCUGAGUAUGGAGCUGAACUGUGGCCUUGUGAAAUUUCUACUUUGGAUGUAGAUCCUCUGUGGGGGGAGUUUGGAUGACUUCUGCCAGCACUGGUGCUCUUUCUGAGAUCAUAAUGCUGUAAGCAACUGUGUCUUUAUGUUACUUUUGUGGUCACAUCUCAUUAUUUUGAUUGCCAACAUUAAUGCCUGGUCUUUCUGUAUACCAGCAGGCUUGGUUCAGAUAAUAUCUACUAUCUGAGAGAGAUUGCAUGCUUAGAUUUACAAUGCUUUGGAGACUUUUGUAAAAUGCCACUUAUGAAAUGAUAAAGAUACAAAAAAAAAUAGAAGGAAUGUAGGGAAGUCUCCUGUAGGAGAAGAGCUGCCACAUGACAUGGGCUAGUCUGGAGUUGGAGAAGGUAGUAGCAAAACAGGUGCACACCUGGAGGAAAAAAUAAGAGCAAAGCAGCAAUGAGUUCAUAAGACAAAGAUCUAGUUCCUUUCUAACCUGUGGUGCUGUACAUGGCGUCAGGAGCAGAUGGUGGUCAAUCAUGCUCAAUUUAAGACGAUGUAGUGUAAUAUUUCCACUGUUUUGUUCUGUUUGUUACUCUGUUUAGUCUGCUGCUGGUUAAUUGGACUGAUAAUUAGUAAUCAUUUAAGGGAAGUUAGGGAAAUUUGAGGGCUUUGGGCUCUUUUAAGAGAAAAAGAUCACUUCCUUUUUCCUCAGGCAGGUUCAUGUUGAUAAUGUAUUUCGAAUCUGAAAUUAGAUCUUUUUUAAUCUUUUGCUUUGGUUAAGUUGUAUCCUUCAGAGUUAGAAGUACAUUCAUGCCUAUCUUGUACUUCUACCAUGGAGUUUUUCUGCUUGUGAACCAUGAGUAGUGUUGCUGCUUUUCUUCCUCAUUGCUUGUAAUAUUUUUAAACUUUAACUUUUAAAAAUAUAUUCAUGAUUUGCCAGCUUAAUUGCAAAAUCUCUGGAUUUUGUAUGUAUUGUACCAUUUUGGUAUGUGGUAAAAUAUCCACAUCCAUUAUGUAAUACAAGGACUAACAUUUAUAUAAAACUGAUUUAUGGGUUAUAUUAAUAAACCUGUAAUUCUUA